GAGAUGAGUAAAGCAAAGUAUUUUUAUUAUGUUUAUUGAUAGAAUCUUAUCAAAAAAUCUGUCCAUUCUGUAAUUAAUGAAAGGAUUCUGCUUAGUAAACUUAGACAUUCUUUUAUUGCCAACAUUCACUAUGCAUUUUAAGAUCAAGUUAACCUUCAUUUAGUGAUGGAUUUAUUAACAAGAGGUGAUUUAAGAUAUCAUAUAGGAAUGAAUCGUCGUUUUACAUAAUAGUAAACAAGUAACAAGAUUAAAUAUUUAUAGAAUUUGUCAUGGCUUGUUUAUUAUUGAGUUUAGAGUACUUACAAAAUAAUGAAAUCAUACAUAGAGAUAUACAACCUAAGAAUGUAGUAUUCGACAAGAUGGGAUAUCCAAGAUUAACAGAUUUUAGGAUUGCAAGAAUAUUAAAACCAGAGAAUAGUUAAGAAACAAAUGGAACUCCAGGAUAUAUGGGUUAGUAAUUAUUUUAACUUUGAUAGCCCCAGAAGUAAUGUGUAGACAGAAUCAUGGAAUAGGAGUUGAUCAUUUUGUUUUAGGAGUUAUAAUACACGAAUUUAUGCUUGGAAGAAGACCCUAUAUUGGUAGAUCUCGUUAGGAGAUCAAAAAGAGAUGAUGUUAACUAAGUAAAUUACUAUCAAAAGAUAAGAUGGUUGGAGUAGUGAAAGUGCAGAUAUUUGUAAUCAAGUAAAUAGAAUUAGUUAAAAAUAGUUAUUAUAAAGAAAAUAAUAAUAUAUAGAUUAGGAUUUUAUGGAGUUCAAUCUAUUAAGAAGCAUUCUUGGUUUUAAAAUAUUAAUUGUUAAAGCCUAAUUGAUAAGACUAAUACCUUCACCUUUUAAUGAAUUAGCCUAUUCUGAAAAUCAAGAUUUUAAGAGAUAGAUUUCAUCAGAUCAUGAUUCUUAGGAUUCUUUGAUUUAAGAAAAUGCAAAUGCUUUGAGAAGGGUUUCUAUUCAAGAUAUCUUCAAAGAUUAUGAAUACAAUGAUCAUGGAAUGACUGGCAGUACUUAUUCCACUCAAAUUUUAUGA